AUGGUUGAAGAGACAAAAAAAUCAUCACCAACCUCUACAAAAAAAUCAGUAUUGGAUAAAGUACCAUGGUUAGCAAAUCAAAAUAAUAACUCUACUACUUCAAACAAUAACAAUGAUUAUAAAAAGACAACUCCACCACCACGUAAAUUGCAAUCACCUUUUCUUAAAUCAAAAGGAUUAUUUAAUGGUGGUAGUGGUGGCGCGGGUGGAAUAGCUUUGCCUGGUAUGGAGAGAGGUGGUGGUGGAUUUGUAUUUGGAGGAAGAAAAAUUGUUAAAAUUAUGAUGGAUGUUAAAGAUGAUAAUAAUGAUAGCAGUGAAAAAGUUGACGAUGAGAAAAAAAAUGAUAAAGAAAAUGAUUCACCUAAAAUAAAAGCCUUGGAACAUGUAAAUGAAUCUAUAAAGAAGAACGAGGAUGAUAAUAAAGAAAUUGAAAUCGAGAAUGAAAAAUCCGUAAAGAAGGAAGAGGAUAAUAGCGAUAAUUCUAAAGAUAAAGAAAAUGAUGAUUAUGCGAAGGUGGAAGAUGAUUCUAAUGAUCAUAAUACGAAAGAAAUUGAAGGUAAAGAUGAGGAUGAAAAAGAUCAUGCAAAGAUGGAGAAUGAUUAUACAGCAAAUGACGUUGAAAACAAGAAAGAAGAAUCUGCAAAGGAGCAGAGUUAUGAGAAUAAAUCAAAGGGGAUUAAAGAUUAUUCCAAAGAAAUUGCCAAUAUUACUACUAGUAGUACAGAAUCAAUUGAUAAAUUGAAAUCUGAAGAUGAUAAUUUAAAAGUUACUGAAGAUAACAAAGAGAAUACUAAAGAGAACACUGUAUAA